CAUUAUGUGAACCUUACACAAUUUUGACCACAUGAUAAAACUUGGAUUCAAACCUAAUGAUAGGUGCACUGCUAGCAUGAUUGCAGCAUAUGAAAGAGAAAAAUUUAUUUGUUAAGGCUUUAAACCUUCUGCUGCAACAGGAGAAGGAUGGGUUUGAGCCCAUGGCUGCUCCUUAUUCUGUCAUUGGUGAGAUUCCUCCUUUCAAGAUUCAUGUGAGCCUCUAUGACAUGUACUCAAGGGCUGGAGUUAAGAAGAAAGCUCCUCAGGCUCUUGGAGUUCUUGAAGCGAAGAAGGAGGAAUUAGGGCUCCAGGACUUUGAGGGGAUUGUAAAUUGCCUCAUAGCAGGUGGGUUUAUGCAGGAAGCUAAAAGGCUGUAUGGUAUGAUGGAGGCUCAGGGUAUUUCUGCAUUGGAUCAACAAAAGGUAGCCCUAAUGGCAUCUCAAACCUUCACUCGGAAAAGACCAAUGAGGAGAUAUGUAUUUUUUGCUGCAAUUGAACAUCAAUGAGACGACUGGAUAUUGGUCAUUAAGAAUUCUUAACAAAUUAAGUGGCAAGUAGCUGUAAUUUAUGAACAAGUGAGAACAUACAGUGUCAGCUAAAUCCAAUUUUUGUUCAGUUAUUUACAAAGAGAAUACUCACAACAGGAAAUAAAAUAGAGCCACAGGAUACUCGAAUUUGCUCAACCAAGGUUCUCUACUCUACCUAUGGUUGUUGCAACAUAAUGGGGGUUUAAGAGUGGUGAAAGUUUAACUUCUUGUAUAUCAGUUACAUAUGUAUUCAGAUAGUUUCUCUCCGUUUGUACUAGUAACCUAUUUACUGCUUUAUUGUACUCAAUAUUUAUUUGCCGUUGGAAUAUAGGAGCAAGAAUUCUUGUUUAAUUGUGGUAAGAGAAUGGUUUCUUUGUGGUUCUGAAAUAUAGGCGUUGUAACAGG